GGUCCCUGGUCGAGGAGCCAAAGGUGUUUGCUGCUUUCCUUCUCCUUCCUCCCCUUCCCUCUCCUCCCUCUGGUCUGGCUGAGAGGAAGGUCCCGAGCUGGCUGCAGCGAGGGAAGGAAGUCCCAGGGCUGGCCGCCUGCCCGGCCGUUGCAUAUCCAGCUUCCACAGGCCGGAGGCCAAGUGCAGCGGUGAGCCAGCAAAUGUGUGACAGGCGCUUGGGGCAAAAAGCCCUUGGUUGAUAGAAUCUAUUGAUUCCUGUGGUGUCAAUAUUCCCGCUGUGACCAAUUUCAAGCUACCAACAUGACGUCACUGAAUGCAGACUUGGGACGAGACGUGUUACUCUCAGAGGGUAUUUCCAUGGAUUCUGCUUGGUGCCCGCCUGCCUGAGGACAGCCCCACCCCUGCCUUUCUGCCUUGUGGUUUAAGUGACACUUCUCCAGAUGAAGGGUUACUAGAGGACUUGGCUGUAGAAGACAAAGCUGUGGAGCAGCUGGCAGAAGGAUUGCUUUCUCACUACCUGCCAGACCUGCAGAGAUCAAAACAAGCUCUUCAGGAACUCACACAGAACCAAGUUGUAUUACUAGACACACUGGAACAAGAGAUUUCAAAAUUUAAAGAAUGCCAUUCUAUGUUGGAUAUUAAUGCUUUGUUCACUGAAGCUAAACACUAUCAUGCCAAGUUGGUGAAUAUAAGAAAAGAGAUGCUGAUGCUUCAUGAAAAGACAUCGAAGUUAAAAAAAAGAGCACUUAAACUGCAACAGAAGAGGCAAAAAGAAGAGUUGGAAAGGGAGCAGCAACGGGAGAAGGAAUUUGAAAGAGAAAAGCAGUUAACCGCCAAACCAGCAAAGAGGACCUGAGAAGCUGAGUGUGUCUGUGUUCUUCCUCCCUCUGCCCCCCGUUACUUGCAUGCAGGGCAGCCCAGGCGUGGGCUGGAGUGAAGGUAGUGCCUUACACCGUCGGCCCGGCUCACGUUUGCAGUCCUUAUCCCGGGAGUGCUGUCUCCGGAUCUUCAUUUCCGCCAUCAAGGAGCUUUUUGCCCCAAGUAGAAGACAAAAUGUCACUCGCUUUGAGUCUUUGAAUGUAAUUUUUCAACUUCUGUUUUGCAUCAUUUUUAAAUUCCUUACUUUGGCUUUGCAUCAUUUAUCAACGGGAAAAUGGUUUGAUUGCUUUAAUAGUCUAGACUCUAAGUGAUUAAAAACUAGUAUUUUUUA